AUGGUGGCCGAUUAUUCUGUUUAUAACAACUUCUUGGAUAUUGUUCGGGGUGAUGAAUAUUCAGCACUUUUUGCCACGAAAGAUUACUUAUAUGCCAUUUUUGAGCAGGUGCGCUCAAUUUAUGACAGUAAUGGUUUAUUCGAGAAUGUUCCGGUAACUCUAAAUUUGGCAUCAACAAUGACAAUAAUCCGUGAAGAUGACUGCCCAUUAGCGCCAUUUCUAAAUCAAACUAAAUUGAACAAUUUGGAAAAUAUAACGCGGCAAAAUCUUCAAAUGAGUGGAUUAGAUGCUGUAAAUUAUGUGCAAAAAUGGGUGGCUGCUUACUCACAAUGGAUUCCAGCGCAUAAUCAUAUCAUUGUUCUGACAAGAAUCGAUUUACUCUCUCCCAGAGGUGAUUCAAGCACCCAAGGAAUGGCAUAUAUUGGAGUAAUGUGUCAUGUCGCUGAAUCAGCAAGUGUGGUGGAGGAUAUUGGUGGUAUGGCUACAGCUGUAAUUGCUGCUCAUGAACUAGCACACAGGCAUGCAUUCAUAAUAUACCUGAAUGGAACAGCUGACUGCUUGUUACGAUCAAAAAGUCGUGAAAGACGGUUACGACGCACUUCGCAACGUAAACAUCGCAAGCCUGGAGAAGUGUUGGUGCAACAGAAUCAAUGUAAGAUAGCAUUUGGACCCCAUUAUAGCGUUUGUCCGAGGAAAGAAUAUUUAUCGAAAGAUCCGUGUCGACGACUUUGGUGCCAAAAUCGACAGCUGCGCAAGACGGAUCCGUGUGAAACCAAACUAUAUCUACCUUUAUUGGACGGGACUAAAUGUGGACCUGAUAAGUGGUGUCUUGGUGGAAAUUGCAUAGCAACCAAUAAAGAAAAGGAAAACUGUGCUGAUUUGAAUUCCUCAAUGUGUGUUAAAUUACCGGAUGAAAAGCUUCGCAAAUAUUGCCAUUCGAAACAGUUCCGUUCAUUGUGCUGUGUUACUUGUUCUCAUUUCAUCUUAUGA